AUGGCUUGCAGGUCAAGACUCGCUCCCGCUUUGAACCGGGUAGCAAUACCGAGUUUAAGAAGAUCCAUAGCGGUUAUCAACCCGGUCACAUCUGCUGUGCGAUGUAUAUCAAGCACGGCCCCGAGGAGGUUCCGAGAAUCUAGUGUAAGAUGCGCCGGAUUCACAACCGAUUCCUACCCCGAAAUCAAGCGGGAUGGCCGUUUUGCUCAGAUAACAAAUGAGCACGUGGACUAUUUUAAGAACCUUCUCGGCAAGGAUUCGGCUAUCGUCGACGGUGUAACCGGAAAUGCUGGGGAAGAUGAAAUAGAACCAUUCAAUAUGGACUGGAUGCGGAAGUACAAGGGUCAUUGCAAGUUGGUGCUGAAACCGGGAUCUACCGAGGAAGUCAGUAAGAUCCUGAAGUAUUGUAAUGAAAACAUGUUGGCUGUUGUCCCUCAAGGAGGUAAUACCGGUCUUGUCGGCGGCUCUGUACCUGUAUUCGAUGAGAUCGUCGUCAGCACUAGCCGAAUGAACCAGAUCCGAUUCUUUGAUGAAGUGAUCGGCGUCCUAGUUGCGGAUGCAGGCGUCGUACUAGAAGUAGCCGACCAGUUCCUUGCCGAGAAGGGUUAUAUCUUCCCCUUAGACCUUGGUGCUAAGGGCUCCUGCCACAUCGGCGGCAAUGUCUCGACCAACGCUGGCGGACUGCGGUUGUUGCGGUACGGAAGUUUACACGGGACCGUCUUAGGCGUCGAAGCUGUUCUUCCUGACGGGACAAUCUUGAAUGACUUGAGCAGGUUACGGAAGAACAACACCGGCUACGACCUGAAGCAGCUCUUCAUUGGCGCAGAAGGAACCAUUGGAAUGAUUACUGCAGUAUCGAUACACUGCCCCCAACGAUCCAAAGCUGUUAAUGUUGCGUUCCUUGGUGUUGAAUCUUACGAUAAGCUCCUGCAGGCUUUCAGAGAAGCUAAGACGCAGCUUGGUGAAAUCUUAUCUGCCUUCGAAUUGAUGGAUUCCCAGAGUCAGGAUAUUUUUCACAAGGUCAAGGGAAACAAGCGACCGCUCGAUGGCGAACACCCUUUCUACUGUCUAAUAGAGACAAGCGGUUCAAACUCGGAACAUGAUAGCGAGAAGUUGGAAAGCUUCCUCGAAGAUCUCAUGACCAAGGAGAUUGUCAGCGAUGGUGUCAUGGCACAAGAUGAGACCCAGUUCAGGUCGCUAUGGAGCCAAAGAGAAGGUAUUACGGAGACCUUAGGGCAUUGGGGUGGUGUAUACAAAUACGACGUGUCUAUUCCCAUAAAAGAAAUGUACCAGCUUGUGGAAGAUACUAGGAAGAGGCUAGAAGACGCAGGGCUAAAGGAUGGCACCGAUGAGUCCCCUGUCGUCGACGUUGUUGGUUACGGUCAUAUGGGAGAUUGCAACUUACACCUAAAUAUUGCAGUGCGAAGAUAUGACAAGAAGGUAGAGGAGGCUCUCGAGCCGUUUGUUUACGAGUGGAUCAGCAAGAGGAAUGGCAGUAUCAGUGCCGAGCACGGCUUAGGUAUUGCCAAGAAGAAGUACAUCGGGUAUAGCCGCAAUGACACCACGAUAGGAUUGAUGAAGCAAAUUAAGAACCUCUACGAUCCGAAUGGCAUUAUGAACCCUUACAAGUACAUUUAG